UAAUUAGCCAACAUUGGGAAAAUAUUAAAUUUGGUUUUGUUGAAUGAAUUCGAAUAGAAAAUUGUUAAUUAAUAAUUAUUGUGAAGAAGCUUUUAUUUUUACUACGUGAAAUACAUUAGCUUUCAGUUAAUCGAAAAAUUUUUAUAGACAUGUUUGAAGAUGCUGACAAUAUUGCGGACAUAUUUCGUGGAGGUUUGCCUUAUUAUAUGUUGUUGGCUUUGCCAAUAUUGAUAAUAUGCUCCUCGAAUCCAGUGCUAGCAUCUAGUGAGUUUUCUGUACAGCGUAUGUCCCAAUUCGAUGUCAAUGGUGUUUAUUACGGAUGUCGUUCAUCUGCUUUAUCUUUGGAAGCCAAAUCUUUAUACACUUGGAGUACGGGCAGGCAUUGUGUUGUCGCAAAAUUCCAAGACAUGACAGUGGAUCAACUUAGAGAAAUUCUACAAAAAGCUGGUGGUUUAGUACUGCUUUUACCGAAAGAUGUUGCAUCUAUGAGCAGAGAAGAUAAAGAGCAUCUUAGCCUUUUAGAACAAACUACCAUGGAACAAUCAAUAACUAUCCCUGUGUACUUUUCGGCGUACAAUUCAGAAUUAGAAGAUAUUAUAGCCGAUAUUACGCGUACUGCUUCUAAAAAGCAAGCAGAACAAUCUAGUUCGUCUAAAACUCAAACAAAGCAACGUCAAUCUGCUUUAAAUGAAGUAUUUAAUUUCAUAUCAGCCAAUGGAUAUCAAAUAAUUGUGUCUGGGGCCAGUCAUGCAAAUAACAAAAAUAGUAAAAUUCCUAUUAUUCAAGGUGACUUAGCACCAACAAAGGUCAUCAAAUUUGCCGAUGGUGUGGCGGAUCCAAAUAAUAAAUUGCCGAUGAUAAUUGUUGCUGCCCAUCUAAAUACUUUUGGCAUGUACAAUGAUUAUCCAUUAAAUGCCGAUGCAGCUGUUCUACUGACACUAGCCGACAUGUUUAGCAAAUUACACAACACAUCAAAUGCAGCUCUCAAAUAUCGCAUUGUAUUUUUGUUGACGGAAUCUGGCCCAUUGUUAAAUUACCAAGGUGUUAAAAAAUGGCUUGAUGAAAAUGUUCAAUUACAGAACGUAGACUUUGUACUGUGUUUAGAUUCCAUUACUCAGUCGAUAAAUGCUGACAAUACUCAUCUUUACAUGCAUGUAUCAAAACCACCAAAAGAAAAUACGCCAAUGAAUACAUUCUAUAAGCAUUUGAAAAACGUUUCGAAUAAAUAUAGUAAUAUAACUACUGAAGGUGUUCACAAAAAAAUAAAUUUAGCCGAACCCCAAUUAGCUUGGCAACAUGAACGUUUUAGUAUUAAACGUUUACCAUCAUUCACCUUGUCGUCAUUAAAGUCACCAAAGCACCCCACUCGUACAUCCAUAUUUAAGGAUAAAGAAGAAGUUAUCCUGACACAAACGCAACGUAAUGCUAAAAUUAUUGCUGAGGCUUUAGCUCGUUAUAUUUAUACCAAUUCUGCAUUAGAAGAGAUUCAAGACUUUGAAAUAUUUUCAGGAGCAAUGGAAAUCUCCAAUAAGCUCAUCAAAUCGUAUAUAAAUUUGAAAUCAGCUUUACAAAACAACGACCUGAAGAAUGCCUUUGAAAAGUACCUUAAAAAUGUUAAAGUUAUUUACGAGAAGCCAGAUAUACGGGAACCCGAUUUUAUGUUAUACGAAGCUUCUGAUGCAAUUCUUAAUGUGUAUCGUGUUAAGCCAGCAGUGUUCGACUUGUUCCUAACCAUCAUAAUUUGUAGCUACUUAUGUUCAGUUUACUUCGUCAUACAAUUUUUCCCGAAUAUGUAUCAAGUGAUUUGUAAAAUGACCCUAAAAUCCCAGGAGUCGUCUCCAAUUUACAACAACCAUAUAGAACGCAAUAAAACAAAAAAUUACUAGUUUAUGUAAAUAGUAAAAUUUAAAUUAAUAUCUUAUUGAAAUUUUAUAAAACUUGCUUUCAAAAAAAAAAUAAAUUUUUAGUUUGAAUUCGUUUUAAAA